AUGAAAUGGUCAGAAGUCAAACGAUUAAAUCCGUUUAAUUAUAGUGAUAGAUACCGGAAUCAUCAAAAACUUGUUGUGUGUCGAUAUUACAUUGUUUACUUUUUGAACACAAAGAAGCACAUUGAAGACAUUGAACCGAAGAUUAGGCAACUGAUGGUUACAAGUAACUUUGAGCCAGAUGUUGUCUUUAUCGUUGAUGAAAUCAAAUUUCCUGCUCACAAAAGAAUUUUGAAAAUUUCUUGUGAACAAUUUUAUAUCGAACAUGUUGAAAGAAAUGAAAAUUCUUUGAAAAUUAUACUUGACAACGUAAACCCACGAGGAUUUCAGCAGUUUCUACGAUUUUGUCAUUUCGGUGACGUUAAUUUGAAUCCACUUAACAUGAUGCAAACUUACGAUGUUGCACAAACUUACAACAAUUCAACACUUAUUGCUUUUUGUACGGAAUUCAUUUGCAACAAUGUCGAUGAAUCAAAUGUGCUAGAAAUUUUGGAUUGGAUUUUAAGUCAUCAACAACAAAACUAUCAGUUGAUGAGAUUUUGUCGAGGAUUUAUAAUUGAAAAUGUGAUGAAGGUGUUGGAGAUUGAAGAACAAUUUGCAAAGAUAACUAAAAGAUUAUUAAAGAUGAUCUUAAGCCUUGAAGUGCUUAAUUGUUCUGAAAUGUUCCUUUUCCAAAAGACCCUUGAAUGGGCUGAAGAAGAAUGCAAAAGAGUCAAAUUGAAUCCUACACAAGAUAACAAAAAGAUUGUUCUUGAAGAUAUUCUUUAUCUCAUCAGAUUGGAACUGACAGAGAAACUUGAAGUUUUAAAUGAUUUUCCUACAAGCUCAAGAAUGAAUUAUUUUACUAAAAGACGAUUUGAUAAUUUAUACAUCGAAGAUUCAAUUCAAGAAACUAUCGAAGAAGUGCCAGCUACAAAUGAAGACGUCACAUGUCAUGGACUGAGUGUCAUAAUUUCUAAUCCUAAAUUAGAAAGAAAUUCAAAUGAGCAUUUCAUAAUGACAAUUGAUAACUCUCGUGAAAUUUUGAUGAGAAAGGAAUUCAAUGUUCGAGCAUCGGAAUACUUGGCAAUCAAAGAUUUUGUGUUUGAAGAGCCAAUAAUUUUUAAAAAGUUUAUCCGACAUUUUGUUAAAGUGGAAUUUAUCAACUCAAAUCGACAAAGAUAUCUUGGUAAAGAUGACUCGAUGAAUAAUGAAACUGGGAGAAUAUUGCGACUAUACGACUAA